UCCACUUGCAUGCCUGUUUUGUAAGCUUUGUGUUAUUAGGGUCAAGCCUCAGCGCAGAGCUCUGGGCGGGGCUGCACCCGGACCAGACUAGCACCAGGAAAAGAAGGAGGAAGCAGCGCUUUCCUAGAAAGAUGAAGCCGCUGCUUGCGUUUCCUGGCCUUGAAGAUUUUGUCAUGGUCGAGCAAGAUAAUUGUGACCCACAACAGAUCCGCCAGUCCCGUCCAGCACAAGAGUCAGGUCCGGUCCGGUCACAGCGCACUGAGCUCCUGGACAAACACCUUAGAUCUCGUGAUAAAAAGCUCAGAGGGGAUCAGUUCUUCUCAGGCGGUUUCGAUCAAAAACCCUCCCCAGGUCUACCAGAAAGCCUCUUCCAAAAGUCCGAGGAGCCAAGGCAGGAGUGGAUCAGUGCAGGAGUAACGAGAGGGGCGUUCGACGAGGGCUUGCCCUGGAAAGACUAUUCGGAGCUGGGGCUGGGCCCAACCAGGAGCCCCUUCUGGAAGUCUGCCCAUCUUCUCCCCUCAGACCCCGGGACCCUGCCUCAAAGCUUCUUUCCGGCUGGAAGCCCGCCAGCCUACCGCUCCUUUCAGAACCCCCGCGUCGCCAGCAGCUCGCUGGCACGGAUUAGGGAGGCCUACCGCGAUUCUCCAGACGAGGGCGUAUCGGACAUGGGACGAGUCGGAGAGAGAGGGAGACUGUCUCCCAUUCCUGGAGCUCCUGAGAAGCUGCCCUGGGCUGGCCCAGGUCUCGGGCAUGAGGCCUUCUGUUCCCUGGAAGUCCGAGACACUUGGGGGCAGACUGAGAGCCUGGCAAGGAAUUGCUUCAACACUGCAGGCAGGUAUUCUUCCAGCAGGCUUCAGCACAACUACUGGGCUCAGGAUCUCUACACAGCUCUGCCCGAAAUCAGGAGCCGGUGCCCCAGACAGCCUCCAGUGUACGACGACGGAGAGGUCCUGCCGUUUUACAGUGACGGGAGAGUGGGGCGCUGCCCGCCCUGCGAGGGGUGCUGCCACAUCCAAACCGGCCGCCUUAAAAGCGCGGACCCUUACAGGAGCCAUGGGCAGGCGCACCCCAGUUAUAUCAGAGAUCCCUCUGAUGGGGUCGGCUGCAGUUACCCUGAAGGGGUGCCGGACGCGUUUGAGGGGGGCUCGCGGGGGGGGCCCCAGGGCUACUACGGGCAGCUCCACAGUCUCCCCAUGUCUUAUUUCCCCCCCUCUGAAGCCGUGGACGCUGCCUCCUCAUUGCACAGCCUGUACAGUCUGCUUCCUUCUCUGAGACAACAGCUGGAAAAACACCCCAGUCCCGAGGCCUGGAGAUUCCCCAGGAUGAAGCUGUAUUAAGAAGACGGCUAAGAGCAAAACCGUGUUCAUAAAGAUCUCUCGACUCUCCUUAUUGCUGCUGCUGCUGUCCAGAACUUCAACAACCUAGGGAUUCUUCUUUUAGCUCUUUCUCCAGCGCUGUGGGGGAGUCCUGCCAUGACUGGGAGAUUGAAUUGCGUCCUUUCACAGGGAAAUUACACCGGUCACAAGACCUGCUCUUUUUUUUUUGUGGUAUAUAUUGAAUCUGCCCCUGAACAUUAUCCCAGCGAUUCCAGCAUCCUUCAGUUUGAGUCGUGAGCUAAACGCAUCAGCGGGGUCCAAUACUGACGUAAUGUAGUCGGAAUGUUUUGUUUUCCUGGUAAACUGAUUGGUUUCUGCUGCUCUGCAGAGCUGCAAUUGAUUGAAAGUAAGCACAGUCUUGUAAUGUACGAAUAGGGAAGCCAGCGACUAUUCAAAACUGCUCAGUGUUUUCAGAUGGCUGGGUUUUUUUUGUGUCGGCAAUCAAGCAGUAAGAAGAUUUAUGUAAGAAUCCAUUUAGUUAUUUUGGGUAGGAUGUCACAAAAGCUGUAGAGCAACUCUAUUUAUUUAUUUAUGUAUUUAUUUAUUCUUGUAUGUACAGCACCGGCACACAUUAUGGAAACAACAAACGAUUCACAGCAGCACUACGGCUGGAGAUUGCAUUGCCCGUGUUUCCUCACUCUGACCCCUUCCUUACUUAAUGCCCUGAUAUCCCUGAACAGAUCAUCGUCUCCUCUUUAGAAAUCUGCAGAAUAUUUGAACGAGCGAGACAUCUCUCAAGUAGAACGGUCACCUGGAAACGUUCUUCUUUAUCUAGAGGAAAGCAGCACAGCUGGGGGCGGGGAGUUUGUUGUCGGAUAGCUUCACGCACACGGCUUGCUCUCUAAACACCUUGAAGAGAUAAUUGUCUCCUCUUUAAAAAAAAAAUCAUUUGUUGUUUCCGUAAUGUAUCUAUUCUUUAAUCCUUAUUUUCUUUGUUUGUAGAAUAUAUCAUUAAUUUUACCAAUAGAAGGCAAUUUUGUACACACUGAUUUGAAUUUCCUUUAAUCUUUUUUUCUAUGUAUCCUUUUGAUGUACUUGACAGAGUCCUGGUUGUAUAUAUUGUAUGAAAAAAAAAAACUUCUGUACAUGCAUACUA